UGAGUUAGUCUAACUGUGAGGAUCGCCGCGUUAACAGCCAUCUAGCCGUCCUCUUCGCACACUAUCGCACCCACACGGAUCAAGCUUUGGCUUCAGUGAGGCCGUCAGUACAACGUUACUUGUGCACAAGAACGAUCCGCUCGUCGCAUACGUUGCUUCAUCGGAAUCGCUCGUCUUUAGUUCGCGCCUUAAUACGCUAUCAAUUCGGUUGAGUUUAAACUGUCACGAAUUAUUCUAAAUUCAAAUUUGACGUUUUUACUUUUUUGUGAUAUAUAAUAUUUUUAAACAGUGUAGUGAUGUUAUAGUGAUCAGCCGGAUAUAACACGAUUGAGCUGUAGAGAUGUGUGGGCCCGCCCUAGAAUAAGACCACUCCAUAUCACACCUAAAUAUAAGAAGCAUCUGAAACCCGUGGGACUUCAAAGCCGCACCCGACAUCAAACAAACUCCCCAACAUCAAUCCCGAGUGGCUAUUAAAUGCUAAUUCAAUCAUAAAAACAAACAUGACACACUAUUUCCGUACAAAUCGUGGCUGAAUUUUACACAUGAGUGCCGAAUCGGGACAAGACUCUGAGACAGACAUGCAAACUGUAGUCUCGAAUUACGUGCCGCCAAAUUUAAUAGACCAAGCCGAUAGAACUCUUAUAGAUAAUUUCCAAAAUGAUAAUUCGUACGACUACCAAUAUAGAGAGGACAGUGUUGACGAAAAAAUAAACGUAGAUGAAGAAGAUAAAGACGAAGAAUUGGUAAUAGCUGACGAUGAAACAGAGAAGGUAGAAUCUCAGAACGGUGAUAAUUCAGAAGAAAAUGUACAAGAAGAUAGGGAAGAUGUUGAAGUUGGGAGGAAAGAAGAGUAUAGAAAAGAGGAAAUGUGUGAGCCGUCGUGGCAUCCACAUGUUUACGGAAAGCCACCGAAAAAGCCGACACCGCAUUCAAUUGAAUAUAUCUUAGGGUUAUCGAAUGCAGAGAGUAAUGAGCCAAAACGGUCGACCGUGAGUCAGCUGAUGAGUGUGAAGAGGAAUUUUGAUGUGAAAAAGCCUUAUUUCGAGAAGAGUAUUCAAGUACAAAAUGACAGGAAGUAUAGUUUAAGUGCGCAUAAGAAUAAACUGCAGGAACAGUUGCUCCAGCGUGGAGUGAGGACUAGUGAGAGUGAAGUGGAGAAAGUGCCGUAUUAUAAAUGUGAGGAGCAGCCUUUGAACCUGUCGGUGCCAAAGCCCAAGGACGCUUGGAGUGCGGAUGAUGAUAAAAAAGAUCCAACCAAGCUAAUAAAACGGAAGAAAUCGACUGAAGACGUGAGAUCCCCAUUGGGGGGCGAAGGGUCCCUGACCAGCGAGGAAGGGGAAGAGACUGGCGCAGGGAGGAGGAAGAAAGCCAGAACGACCUUCACUGGAAGGCAGAUCUUCGAGCUGGAGAAGCUGUUUGAAGUGAAGAAGUACCUUUCUUCGGGAGAGAGAGCUGAUAUGGCCAAGCUAUUGAAUGUGACGGAAACUCAGGUGAAAAUAUGGUUUCAAAACAGAAGAACAAAAUGGAAGAAGAAAGACAACAUAUCGAACGCAGAAGUGGCUGAGUUGAAGCACCAAACCAAAUCCGUAGAAGAGAAGAAAGAUGAAUUAAAAGAAGAUCCUCUAGCCCUAGACAUGUCUAAGAAGAGUUGUAACAAGAUUUUAAGCGAGAAACUUAGAAGUACAAAGCCUGUUAUAACUCAAAAUCUAACUCUAAAACCUAGGAAAGUAGAAAAGGGGGUAGUUUUAGAUGCUAUCUGCGAUGCUAAUGACGUAGAAAGUAGGAUUUCAAUAACGAAAAUUACAAACAAAUUGUCUUGUACAGAUUUGGCGGGAGAUGUGGGCAAGGUUUCUGUCAAAAGUUUCAGUCCCGAAGAAGUGAAAGAGUUGAAAUUUGAUAAUAGCCUUAGAGAUGUCGAAAUGUAGGUGGAUUAGGUAGAUUUGUUGGGCCGGUGAAUCUUGAUCUCAGUUUUGUUAAGAAAACACUAAGCUGUUUAGGGUAACUUUCAGAACUUAAUUGAAUUUAUAAAUAAUUUGUGUGAACCAAAUAUUUUUAAUAGAUAACAUUGCCAGAUUUUCAUUCAGAUUCAAUGGUUAGUAAAUAUUUUUAGUAAGUCAGUCAAGUUCACAUUGAAAAAGUACAAAUAUAACGAUAAAAAUCUGUUGCCGUCACUGGCUCACACGCAUUGUACAUAUAGUUUUAGUAAAUGUAGAAAUAACAAAGUUUGUGUGGAUGUAUUUUGUACGAUUUGGAGAAAAUGCUUCGUUUAGUGCAGUAAGUAGUCGCCCGUUUGUGUUCUGUACUCACUAAUAUAACGUUAUUUUAGAGUUAUUUCGAUGUAUUGAAACUACUGUGAAUGAGACUACAAAACCAAUGAAUAUCAUGCAUGUUCCCAUCGAUUGGCUAAAUCACUCGAUGUCUACGCGAAUGAAUGUACAUAACGUAGUUUCUAUAUCUUUUUACUACAAGGAAAACCCAGCAAUGUACCUAGCGCAAUCGCAACCUUUAGCACUGAUUUAAUGCCACUUCCACACUGUCGCCGAACUCCGACGCGAAUGCACAAAGAUUUGUACGAGUGCGUUUAUUUAUCGCAAUGAAAUACCAGCAAUGUAUGCCGAACUGUUCCGCGAUAGUGUGUAGCCGGUAUUAUAGUGCAUAUCGUAGGUAUGUGUCACUUACCUAACAUUUUGGGAGUUAAUAUGUUAUUUUCCUUUUUUUACUGAAUAAUAUCGAAUAUUUUUGUUUCCUAAAUUUUAAGUGUUUGUGCAAUAAAUCUAUGCAAAUAGUUAUAGAAUGUAUUGCUUUUGUCAGUCAUCCUAAGCAAUAGGCCUGAAGUGAAUAGUAUUUUACGUAUAACUCAGUAUUUUAUUUAUAAUUUCUAAAUAUACGACUAUGUAUUUGC